AUGAUUCGCUUUUUCUGGUUUGCGUUCUUUUUUAUCGCUGUCGUUUUGGAGACAGCAAAUGGUUCCAAGCCUCCUAACAUAGUAGUGACUGUAAUUGAUGAUCUGGGUUGGAGUGAUGUGGGAUUUCAAGGAUCUGUUAUUCAUACUCCAAACAUCAACAGACUGGCAGCUGAAGGCGUCAUAUUGGACAACUACUACGUACAACCUCUAUGUACGCCAACCCGAAGUACCCUAAUGACUGGAAGGUACCCCAUACAUACAGGUGAUCCUGAGUAGAGCCGUAGAUUUGAUUUUGAAAAAGCUACAAUGCCAAAUUUAAGACUUGUCACGCUUUGAACACGCUGUGUGAAAAGACGUCUCAUCACAGGGAGCCCACACAAUCUGUUUGUGUAGCCGAUUGUUAUUUUAUAGUAAAUGUACUGUAUUUACCGUUCGCUUCACCUAUAGCGAUAUAUCGCUAACUAUGUAUAUAAAUCAACGAUAAAUAAACGUUGAAUUACCUUACCUGUGGUAUAUAGUCGUCCUUUUACCUCAAAAGCGGUUUUUUGAGCGAUUUUGAAUGAAUUUGAGUUCGCCGUUGACUGUUCCUUAACAUAACAAUCGGCUACACAAACAGAUUGUGUGGGUCCCCUGUGGUCUCAUAGGAGCCUGUUCACAUGCUGUCACGCAACGCAAGCAUACCGGUUUUUUUGCCUGCGCCACAAUGUGUACCCUUAGGAAAAUAAGUGCUUUUCCAGUCUACGCCUCAUGUUUUCAUGAAACUUUUUACGACAAAUGGUGUUAAGAUAAAAACCUUGGGCGAACUGAAAAUGGCUUAGAAAGCGAUUUUGUUUACCACUGGCUAAACUCCGCUUACGUAACUGGCCCUGCAGUGUUUCUAUGUCACUCACCUCUCAGUCUUCCAAGGCCCAGAUACCGCUGUCACAGUGAUUUAGGUUUUCCUCCCACUAGGUUUCCCCAUGCACCUUUCAUGGAACUGAAUUUUCCAUGUGAUUCAUGGUUAACUUCAAUCUACCGAAGGGUUCAAAUUGGCCCUUAAAGCGCGCGAGAACUAAGGGAGGAGAAUAGGGUGGAUGAAGGUUGGGCGAUAAAACGAGCGGUUCACUGCCUCAUACCAUUUUGCCCGGACACGCUCGUUUCAUCGCCCAACCUUUAUCCGCCUGUUAUCUCCUCCGUAGAGGCCUCUUUGUGUGGUAGAGAGGCUGGGGAGAAAAAAAUUAAAGAAAGCGCGCGGGGCACGAUGGCAAGGGAGAAAAAAGUAAUGCCCUUUACUCUCUUCCCAUUAAUUCUCGCGUGUUUACAACUCUUUUGUCUUUGCUAGUAAAAGCCUCUGAAGUGGGAAAUAACGUUACGCCAUGAUAACAUUAAACCACUUUUAAGUACAGUCGACUCCCGGUAACUCGAACCCUCUAUAACUCGAACCUCCCGCUAACUCGAAGCAAUUUUCAUUUCCCUUCAGAUCGUUUUCUAUAUAAUUUUACCCUCGAUAACUCGAACUGUUUUCUAUUUCCCUUGAAGGUUCGAGUUAUCGGGAUUCGACUGUAGUCUGUUCUAGGCGUUCUUUCCGUCGUCCCAUCGUUUUUAUUGGGAUACCCAGGGGGAGCCUCUGCGGAGGAGAGAGAUCCGCCCGCCCCCCCGGAGGAGAACGUAAGUGCUGCGGUUAUCUCUAUUUCUUUGCUUUCCAGGGCUGCAGCACUUUGUGAUUGAGCCUCCGGAGCCUUACGGUUUGCCUCUGAAUUUCAAAACUUUGCCAGAAACAUUACGAGACGCUGGUAAGAAACAGAUUAACUUUUUAAUGUGCAUUCUACCAAUUUGAGAACGGACAAAAACAUGUCCCCAAAUACAGGAUUUUGUGAAAUUCAAUCCAACAUUUAAUAUCAAAUAAUUUUGGCAAGAUUUAGCCUCAAAUGCCAAGCGAAAGACUUUUGUUUUACAGUUGAAAGAUUCUACAUUACCUCUCCCUGCUCAGCUGUGUCAAUGUCACUUCAGAGUUCAAUUAUUAAUUGUUUAACUUUUCGUAAAUUUCUCUCGUCGUCGAUUAAUCAACGGAGAAGCGAUACUAAUUAUUAAAGAUAUUUUUGGCCAUUAAAACAGAGUGGAUCCCUGUGACUCUUUGAUUGACUUAACCUUGCCCCUUAAGUUUCAGGUUUUUAUAGUGCCUUUUUAUUGGUUAGCCUGUGUGACAGCCGUUAAUUCCUGUGCGUGCAAGCCACUUCUUAAUUUUGGCGAGGGGAAAAAAUCAGCGGAGAGUGAGAGGGAAGGGAACAGAACCCCCCCCCCCCUUCCCUUAUCCCCACCCCCUCAUGUUUUUUGCGCUCACCUCACCUUUUAACAGCAAAAAGGAGAUGAAUGAGAGACAGGGCUUAGUCCUUUAAAAUCACCACAGGACAGCCACUCUGUCUAGGUAGCACAAGGACAACUUGACAAACCCCAUGCGCAUUGGUGUUGUAUUCUCAUAGGUUACGCCACACAUAUGGUUGGUAAAUGGCAUCUUGGUUUUUUUGAGUGGUCAUACACGCCGACCUACCGCGGUUUCGAGUCUUAUUAUGGUUUCUACACGGGCUGUGGAGAUCACUUCGAGCAUGAACGCCUCGGGAUUCUGGAUUUACGGGACGAUACCUCACCUGUGCGGGACAUGAACGGAACGUACUCAGCCAACCUCUUUACUAAGGUAAAAAAGAAAAAUUAAAAAAUGGAGAAAGUUUAUUGAUUUUUAGCAAAACGGAUUGCAUUAACUACAGAUUAACUCAAAAACGCGGAGCAGUGGGAUCUCUCACUACCUAUACCCUUGGAAACGUUUAAAUUUCUAGAACAGUUCUCUUGAUUUCAGAGAUACCAACCUUCAUAUAGUUACUACGUCUACAAUCCGGAUACCACUGAAAAGGGGACAUUUUGUCCUAUCUCUUUGGUGUCCGUGUGUCCGUAUUUAGGAGGUUUGAUUGUAUGAUUUUCUUUCUUUCCGAGCAAAACCGUUUGGUUCAUAAGGUCUCGUUCUCUCUUUACCUCUUCGCAGCACAAAGUCCUCUACUUCCUCGACUGUGCCAUUUCUCAAAACUGUGCGGAGGCUGGGGACUGGAGAUAGAAAGCGCGCCUGGGGCGCUUGAAAGAGGAAAGAAAAGUCGUGCCCUUUAUUCUCUUUCCAUUAACUCUCGCAUGUUUACAACUCUUUUUUGUCUGCUAGUAAAAGCCUCUGAAGUGGGGAAUAACGUUACGCCAUGAUAACAUUAAACCACUUUCAAGUAGUCUGUUCCAGGCGUUUAGAUAGGAGAGCGUGGCACGCAGUCAGACGGCGGGAAAAAUAAAAAUAACCCCUCCCUGUUUUCUCUGCUCACAUCUAGUCUUUGUGCGGUCCCCACACGAUCUGAACGCCUGAAACAUGCUAACUUUCCAGCAGAGCAAAACUAUUUUUAUCUCUUUUAUCAUCUAAAACACAGCAAGCACUGAAAGUUAUCAAGGAGCACAAUUCUUCAAGGCCUCUCUUCCUGUACUUGCCGUUUCAAAAUGUUCAUUUUCCUGUUCAAGCACCGCAAAAAUACAUCGACAAAUACAGCUUCAUCGAUAACAAAACACGGAGGACGUAUGCAGCCAUGCUGGAUAUUGUCGAUGAAGCUAUUGGUAACGUGACAAGGAGCUUAGAGAAAGCAGGGUAAUAUACAUUGAAUUCCUUUUACUUUCACUACAGUUCGCGGAGCGCCGGUUUGCCGCACCCCUCAAGCAGCGGUUUAAACCCCAAACAGAAGCCAGAACAGCCGAGGCCGACGUCUUAAUGAGAUUUAGCUACUAAGGUCGUACUGGUUGUGAUGUACUUUAAUUCAGUCCACACUGCUAAUUUAGAAAAGAAGCAGGUGACGUAGACUCUGGUUGUGUGGUAGAAAUCCUUUCCAUCGCAUAUCAUUGGAGUUUGCUUCGCAGCCCCUGACAUUACUUUAUUAUACUAAAACGAAACGCUAAUUGACUGAGACGGUUCAGUAUCACUAUAUGCUAUGUUUUAUAGCUCAUAGGUGCAAAGAUGUUCAAGUAUUUGUCAGUGACACUAGGGACUUUAAGAUCCAACGACGAGACGGCAACAAUAACGUCGCUUAAAAUGUGAAUUUCCGUUCUUUGAGUCUUUAUCGCAAUUAUUCCUUCCCACUUACUUUGUCAAAUGUAGGUGAUCCCUCCUGGAAUUGAAUUCUUAGGGACCAUAUCCAAGUUCAAAAAGAGAAAUUAAAUUACGUCGUUGCUUGUUUAUGUCCUCCAUAAAAAGCGAAAUUAGGCAUUUUCACGUCGUAGUCGUACAAAAACGCGUGAUGCAGGUGCAAAGUUGUUGUUUUGCUUAUAAAACCUAUUGUUUUUUACGUUCUCGUUGCCGUCCGCGUUGGAUCUUAAACUCCCUACUGACCCUCGUUGACGUAGCCUGCGAGCAAGCUCUCCCCACUUACAGCAAGGGAAACGAGCCGCGAGAAAACGCGCGAGGGAGCGGCGAAGCCACGAUGGGCCAUCAAACAUCCCCGCUCCUCGCACUCGCGUCUCCUUUCGCGAGCAGCUCUCGCGUGACUUCUUGCGACUCCCCCAUAUGGAGAGCUUGCUCGCAGGCUAUCGUCGAGGGUAUACUCUAAAUAUUUUUCAACAGACUUAGUGAGGUGCCAUGUAACUGAUAGGCACUGAACAAAUCACGAACGCGUGAAGUAAAAAAAUUAUCAAUUAUCCUUUCAACGCAGCCUUUGGGACAACACUUUGUUCAUCUUCACCACUGACAACGGAGGACUUCCUGAGUCAGGAGGUUACAACUGGCCUUUGCGCGGACAGAAGAAAACUCUCUGGGAGGGAGGAGUACGAGGGGUAGCAUUUGUCCAUGGGCCAAUGCUGAAGAGAACAGGCGUGAAAAGUAAAGAAUUGCUUCACUCUACGGACUGGUAUCCCACACUGAUCAACCUCGCAGGUAAGAAGAAGAGGGAGGGAGGGGGGGUACGAAGGGCUGGCUUUUGUACGCGGGUCGAUGCUUAAGAGAACAGGCGUCAAAGGCAAAGAAUUGCUUCACUCUACUGAUCGACUGUUAUCCCACACUAAUCAACCUAGGAAGUAAGAAGGAGUGGAAGGGAGGGAUGGGUCCGAGGGGGUGGCCCUCGUCUAUGGACCAGUGACUUGCAUAAAAAGCAAAGAUGGGAAGUAAUGCUUCACUCGACAGACUGGUAUCCUACACUGAUCAAUCGUGGUGGUACUUGAGCUUAAUCUUCAGUCCAAGUGCGGAAAGACGUAAUUUUUGUUAGCUUUUGCUUUGUUUUCACAUAAAAGGUAUUUUUUGGCUGAGUUUCCAGCAGGUUUUACAAGCGUAAGUUCACCUUUAACGGAAGUUACUCCUGAAAAACACAAAAAUAUAUCAUUGGAUUCCGGCACAGCAAACAGGAUACUAUCCUAAUAAGUAGGACAAAAACGUAGAUAUUGCAUUUCAAGCUUUGUCAUACAUAAGACGUAAUCAAGUACUUCAUUCUUUCAGGAGGAAAAGUCGAUGAUCAUCCUGUACCAGUAGACGGCUUUGAUGUAUGGGAGACAAUUUCUACAGGCAAGCCGUCUCCAAGAACUGAAAUUCUCCUGAACAUCGACUUAGCACCGAAGGAGAAGCGUUACCGAGGGAUGGAGUCUAUCGACCCCUAUUAUCAGGGCGCGGCAAUUCGUGUUGCAGAUAUGAAGCUAUUGGUGAGCUGUCCGAAUUCCACUUGGUUCAAGCCACCAGAACUUCAUAACAAAGAAACGGUUAGUAACUAAAGGUCUAUCACGCGGAAUAUUUUUUGAUGAACAAAAUCUCGAUUCCUUAGAGAAACCGGAUCCAUGAGUUCCCAAACACUGGUUGACCGCUCUUUCCACUUAGCGUUUGAGAGAAUUAUGAAGGUCAAGGUCAGUUACAAGGUACACAUGCGACAAGUAUCAUGCUAACGAAAGGAUCAGUGAUUUUGAGAGCGUACUUACUUUUAUGGUCACAAACAGAAAAAAAUGCUAUUCUCGUCAAAAAGUAAGGGGCCUCCGGGUGGUGGCUAGCCUGAGCCAUAGACCGAACUAACAGCGCCGAAAUCCUUGUUCUGAGCCCCAGCUGUUUACCAGGAUUUGAGUACGCCUUGCGCCAUGAUUGGCCUGUCAAAAAUGCCAUUAUCGAUUUGCCAAUCAGGUUGAAGGAGUAUACGAAACGUACUUCCGGCAAUUCGUUGAGUCCGCUGCUUCGCAGACGUUACUUACUGGGAUUAGAUUACGUCUGCGACGCAGGCUAGGUGGUGGUGUGAAGUUUUCGUUACCAUGCAUGCGCAGGAUAAAAGCAGUUGAAAACAUAAUCAGUAGCGGAUCCAGGGGAGUGGCCCCGGGGCCCCCCCCCCCCCCCCACUUAUUUUCUGACCAAACUGAGGCCCGAAGGGCAGAAAAAAAUUUUACGACCGCCCCCUCCCCCUUAUCUCAGGAUCUGGAUGACCACCCCCCACGCCCCCUUAUCUGGAGGUAUGGACCCGCCACUGAUAAUCUCCAACAAUUGAAACUUUCUGUUGUUUGGCUCUGAGGAAGGGACAUCUUACAACGGCAAGUAAUCCGUGUAUUGCUUUUUUUUCGUUUCUUCUAAUGUUGAAUAAAGACGAUUGUCUCUUUUUGUCAUUUUCAGAAUUCUCAUGCGAGAGGUUUAAUUGAAGUUGCUCUUUACAAUAUUACUGCUGAUCCUACGGAACACAAUGACUUAAGCCAAACGUUACCGGACGUCGUCCAAAAAUUGCAAGACAGACUGGAGUUUUACAAACAUAGCGCUGUACUCCCUCUGAACAAGCCUGCGGACAGUCAGGCUUGGGAUGUUGCGCGGAAGAAUGGUAUUUGGACGCCUUGGAGAAGCAAGGUGGAAGAGGAAGUCCAAUAA